AUGUCUCCUAUACCAGUAGACAACAACCUCGUCGCAGACGAAGACCUAGCUUCAGUACCCUACUCAGGAUACUGGACAAAAGCCAACAUCGCCCUCACCGUCGUCUUCGGCCUCAUCUUCCUCGCCAUAAUCCUCGCCUGCCUAAUCUUCUAUCUCCACCGCCGAAGCGAAAAGAAGAAGCUCGACAACCGCAAAUCAGACACAGCCGGCCUCCUCGCCAACGAAGACAAGACCAGCAUGUUCAGCCGCGUCCGCGCAAGCAGCGUCACAUUAUACGUCGACUCGGAAGCGGACGCGCGCAACAAGAGAUCGAGUACGGAUACCAUGCAUCUCGUCCCACUACAGGUCACGCCGAGUGAAGAGACUAGUGAUCCCAUCGCCGAUAACACGGAGAGCGCUGGUACGGGUGUUAGUGCGAUGAGUCGCCAGAGCAACGGUACGCUUAGUACUAUGGUGCUCAGUCCCAUAUCGCCGAGUGGUGACGAGGGUGACAUGAGUUUACGGCCGGCACCGACGGGGCGCGCACGCAGUACGAGUACAGCUAGUCAACGGGCACGGUAUUACGAGUCGACGCCUAUGAUUGCGAUGCCACAGAUUCCGAAGAUCAUUCAUACGACGUCAGAGUAG